GAUCAGUACCUGAAGAAAGUGUUCAGGGUUGAUCGUGAGUACGCCGGCGGUGAGGCUCUCUUCGGGAAAGUGGGCCACUGCAUGUACGCUCACAAAGAGGACCAGGAGAUCAGCAUCUUGGACGAUCAGAUGAAUAACAGGCGCGUCCCAAUCAGCGCGGUCAUUGAGGUGAAUGAGACGUUGCCUACGCCGAAAGCACUUCUCACGUUCGAGCACGUGAGCAAGAAUAUGAAAUAUCAGAUGCUUGGCAGACUCGGCAUGGUGAGCGCGGACUCAGCACCCCCAGUGGAAGUAAAGAAGGAUGCCGCACUCUUGGAAGGAGGGACCAUUCAGUUAUGGUCAGUUCUCCUGGAGCACACCUUCCCUCAGGCCAACUUCUUCACCUGGUCACCUGAUAGCAUGUGCGUGUAUUUCUCGGCACUCAGGGAUCAGGACGAGGUGUGUCAGAAAGCCAUGGAAGAGGCAAUGAGGAGAGUUCUCAAUCGAUACGAUAAGGUAUUCUUCCCUCUUCAGUGUCCUGAGGGCGCUGGGAAGCACAAGGUGGGACACUGGACCCUCCUUGUCGUUGAGACGAGGAACGAGGGCAUCAGUCUAGCAGAGCCGCGCAUCAGGUAUUACGAGACAAUGAACGAGAUCAAUGAGGUGUGUCUGGACAGAGCUGAUCAGAUCUUGAAGGCAGUCGUGCCAGACCUCAGCCAGCAGAUGCUAGUAACUGCGCUCACCAGGCACCAGAUCUUCAGGCAAUCAGGUACCGACUGCGGCUAUUGGGUCAUGCAUUACAUCGAGGUGGAGGUCAGGAGACUGGCAGGUGAGGGGGGAGCUCCAGUCACGACGCCUAAGGACAGGAAGAAGGCUGUCAUCAAUAAGUGCGUGAGCGCCGCGAAGCAGCUGGAGAAGGCGCGGCUAGCCUGGCUUCAGGAAGCGCUUUUUGAGGAGGCGAAGGUCAAGGCUGCGCAGCAGCACCUUCAGGCCAAAGCAGAUCGGAAGCAAACCGAGCAGAGGGAGGCAGAGGAGCUGAGGAGAAGAGCUAAAGAAGCAGCCUUGGUCAGCAACUGGUGCAAGACGCUACCAGAUGCCAUCCCUGAGGACCCGAAGGAAGUGAGGAGGAGGUUGCAGCAGGAGGCGACUCAGGUAUUGAAGGACCAAGUUAAGGCCACGGUGAAGAAAAUCCUGGAGGCAGAGGCUGAGGCCGCCGAGGAGAAGGCUCAGAAGAAGGUUGAGGCGCAGAAGGAGCCCGCAGAACCGAAUAAGGGCGCAGAGGAGGAGAAGGUGGAGGCACAGAAGAAGGCGCAGAAGGAGGAGGCUGAGAAGCAGGCGCAGGAGGCUCUCGCAGCGCUAGGUCAGAAGCAGAAGGGCGAGAAGGGCUUUGAGGCAUGGUUGAGAG